AUUAGUUGCUCUAGUGCAGCUCUAUUGUGUGUUCAAUGAAUGUUAUUCAUAUAUGUUUGGAACUGACUGAUCUCUUGGUAGACACAUGGUUAUUAGGUGACUUUAAACUGAAAUUUUUAGUAUCUGGUAUUAUUGAUUGAUGGUCAGUUACUUUUCAUGUAUGUGAUUUGAAAUCUUUCUGCCUAAAUGGAAAAACACAUCUGGUUGUGUUAAUGAAAAGUGUGAACGAGGGCCGACUUUGUUUGGCAGUUUACCCAUUCAGUGAAACUUUCCUGCAAAAGAUAUUUUUCAAAAUCCUACUAUUUGACUCAAGAAAUACAUAUCAAUAUCAGUGCAAAUGUUCAGACAACAAAAAUACUGUUUAUCAUUACUCUACACCUGACAAUAACAAUAUAACAUGAUCUUCUCAUCCUGUUUUUGCUUUGAUUUUCAUAAAAUUUCUGGUGAUUGGGCGACACACCUUCGUUUGAGCUGUGAAUCCAGUCACAGAAUGAUUAGCGGUGUGUAGAAGAUUAGGCACCACACGGAGCUUAGUUUAGUGUUACUUACUGCUCUCUGCUUCCUCGUUCUGCAGUCAGUGAACUCAGCUCUACUGGGACGGUUGCUAAUGGCUUUAUGUCUGUUGACGUUGCGAUGAUGAUGAUGUAUAGACCGCUGCAGGACAGCAAUAUGACAUAGCCUUAGUUCCCAGAUCCAUCUGCAGAUUUUUCACAGAAACUGAUUGCAUCAGAAGAUGGGAACCAUGAGGUUACAUCCACUGCUGCUGCUGCUGUUGGUGUUUGGGUCCUUCCAAAGAGCGAUUUCUCAGUUUCCUGAAAGGAUUGGAGUGGUGGAAGGUGAGACGGAAUGGAUUCCCGAACCGGAUUUCAUAGACGACAUGUAUUGGUCUGGGACAGCGCCUCUUUGUUAUGGAGGCUGUAAGUCUCUCCACCAGGAGCUGAGGAGAGAUCGCUGUGGGGACUCAAGCUGCUGCUGGCUCGGCUACAAGUCCCUGUGCAGAGUGAACUGUGGGAGGCCAGACGUGGACUAUAAUGGAGUAGUGUAUGGUAAUGACUGGUGGGUGGGCUCUGUGGUGAGGUACGCCUGUCGUCCUGGCUUCAUGCUGGUGGGAAACCCCACCAGAUUUUGCCAGCCUAAUGGCCUGUGGACCCCGAAACCUACCUGCCUCCGAAUGUGUCAGCGGGGACGCAUUGAAAUCAGUGAGAAGGAGCUGAACGGGACCUGCAACUCCACCUGCGCGUACAAGAGCUACUUCGGCCCCCCCAAACAGGGCUGCACUCUGAUAGACAACUGCAAGAAGAAGGACACCGGCUGGAAGCGGUUCUUUGCACAGUGUGUCCCUUGCAUUUGUGACUGCGCUUUAUCAUGUGUAACUACAGGCUAAAACAUGGAGAAAAAACACAUUGACUGUACAAUGAGACAUCAAAUGAAGAAAGAUAUGGACAGCUCGUACACCACAGAGCCACACUAUGUUUCAUCUGCUUCAUCUGUUGUGUGGACAACUCAAUAGACAAAAAUCUGGAUGUUUGAGGACAUUAAUUUAAUCUUUCUGGCACUCUAAAUCUAAUGAUUUCUCCUUGGCUUUUAUAUAAAGGAUAAUACUCCAUGAUCAGGAGACUUCGGUGCCUCACGUUCAAAUCCCUCUGAGUCAGUGGUGAAUUAUGAGCAAAGCAGAACUGCAAAGUUCAGUUAAUCUCUGUGUGAUAAAGGGUAAAGAGAUAGAAAAGAAAAGUGAGGUGAAUUUUACUCAGCUAAAAAAGGGUCAAAUAGUUAAAUACUUAAAAUGAAAAUAGUCAACCUCAAGUGCCACGUGGUGAAUUUGAUUUUUAAUAAAAAGCUCAUUUUCAGUAAGCAAAUUAUUGUUCACAAGACAGCACUUGGUAGCUCAGGCACCUUUUUCUGAAUUAAUUCGGUGCUAAAUAUGAUUUUAUGUCACCAGGUCAGAUCACCAGGAGCAUAACACAAACUCUUUUAACAUGUGUGUCUGUAAACAUGUUUAUGUUUCUGAGGGACAGGUAGAAAGAAAGAUGAACAUAAGGAGAGUGGGAAGUGAAACCGCUGAGAUUAGUGUCUCUGCCUCAUCGCUCCUCCUCUCAGUCCAUCUGUCCUGGAAGGAGCUGAAACCUUAAUCUUGUUAGAAAGGGAGGAGCUUUGGCAGGAAGGUCAGGGGUCAGUGUUAACACGGAGAAUGUGGUACACCUUAUACACAGAUUGAUUUUUCAGUAGUAUGCUAUGUAUAUUUUUUACAUUUAAAUUAUUAUGACAAAUGGCCCAAAAUAUCUAAUUUUGUUUGAAAAUUAAAUCUUUACUU